CUAUAUGAAGGAAGGAAGGAAGGCACUUUUCUGAUGCAAUCCACUUGAGCCAGCGUGCGGCAACGAAAGCUUUUAAAUUAUCCCAUUAAAUUUCUGUUACAUGCUUUAUGUCGCUUAGCUAUAAAUAAGGAAUUUACUUUUCAUCUGAGACGGAAACCGACGGAAUGACGGAAGAAGAUUCGGUAUUUGACCCAACGUUGAAAAAGAAGAAGAAGAAGAAGAAGACCACUUUUGAUCUUGACGCAGCUUUCAAUGAAGGAGGUAGUAGUGGUGAAGCGACAGAGAAUACCACUGAAAAAGAGAAUCAGGAGCUUGAACCUCCAGUUGUUGAAGAUGACGAAGCAUUGGAUUUGGAAAGUUUCGGCAAAAAGAAAAAGAAGAAGAAAAAGGCAUUCAACUUGGAUGAGCUAGAAGCAGCUUUGCCUGAUACGAAGAAAGAAGAACCUGUAGAACAACAGACCGAGGAAGUUGUGGUGGAUGAUGAUUUUGAUUUAGAUAUGGACUUCUCCAAAACGAAGAAGAAGAAAAAGAAGAAGAAGGAUCUCGAUGAAUUAGUGGCUGAAGAAGAGCGCAAGGAAAUUGAAGAUAAGGAUAAUGGCUGCACUGAAUCUGAGCGAAGUGCAGAGUAUGUGGAGGAGCCGAGUCCGUGGGUGGGCUCGGACAGGGAUUACACGUACGACGAGUUACUCAUUAGAGUAUUCAACAUCUUACGAGAAAAGAAUCCCGACAUGGUAGCUGGGAAGAAGCAGAAAUUCGUCAUGCGUCCGCCACAGGUGGUGCGCAUUGGAACGAAGAAAACGUCCUUUGCUAAUUUCACUGAGAUUUGUAAAACGUUGCACAGACAGCCGAAACAUUUGCUGGACUUCUUGCUCGCCGAAUUGGGAACGAGCGGUUCGGUGGAUGGAAAUAGUCAGUUGAUCAUUAAGGGUCGCUUCCAGCAGAAGCAAAUAGAGAAUGUUCUUAGGAGAUAUAUCAAGGAGUACGUGACGUGUCAUACAUGCCGUUCGCCGGACACGAUCCUUCAAAAGGACACUCGGCUCUUCUUUUUACAGUGCGAAACCUGCGGAUCGAGAUGUUCUGUCGCUAGUAUAAAGUCUGGAUUCCAGGCUGUCACGGGAAAGCGUGCUGCUAUUCGUGCAAAAACUGCCUAAAGAAAAUUUUCUACGUCCUCUUCCAAUUCGGUGCAGUUCGUUUCUUUUGUUCCACUUGUCGUAAAUUUUACAUCACGGAGAGAAUUUUACAUCACGUUGUACUUGAUUUAAGAACGCUCAGAAUCUAAUUGUGUACUCAAAGAAAGAUGUCACGUUUCCCUGCGCAUCGGGAACAUCAGCGGUUAAAAGUCGAAGAAGAUGCCAGUGCCAGUUGAACACUGUGGAAUAAAAACAAUGCGAGCGAUUGCAUCUUUACAUUGAUUUGAGUGCAAGAGUGUAGAUAGUGUAGAUAGUGUUAGCUCGCAAAGACUGUCGUAAAUUUGUUAUCAAUUCUAAUGUAAAGAAACGAUGGCUUGUGGCAAGUUGAUCCAUAGCUUUCUGAAUUGUCUUAAGCGUCUUUAAAAUCUUCGCAUUUCUCAUUCCACGAAUUACACGGUCGGAUUGUGUGGAUUUUCGACUUUUCGGUAAUUCGACUUCUAAGAUCAUUGAAUCUUUCAGGGCAUUUCUCGGAUACCGGUAUAUCCUUAAAUAAUUAAACUGAAAAGUUUUAGGUUCCCUUAAUUUCCCGAAAUUUGCAGAUCUCUGUGAAUUUCGCCCGAGUUUCGAGAUAUCCUAGAACAAGAAUACAGAAGUUUUCAGGUUCAUAUCGCAUGAGGCUUUCCAACUUUCAUGCCUUAUAAUAGUUUUUAAGCAUCAUAAGAUUAAACGUGCAUAUUUAAAAGAAUGCUGGCAAGCAUUGAGUCAUUUAAUUUCCCGUUUCUGACCUUUGUCUCGUUAACAGACGGCUAACGUGCACAAGAACCGGUUGAAAUUUAGAUUUGCAAUGUUACUUAUUUGUCUUUACCCGCGCAUUGUACAAAGUACACUGUUUAGGUGUAAAAUGGUAAAGAAUACCCGAUUAUUGUUAAAAAUACAUCAUAGCAAUAAUUUGUUACAUUUCCACGUGCUAUACAGCAGUCCCAAAAUUGGAACACGCUUUUGCAAAUUCAGCAGCAGAUUCGCAGAACUGUGACUAAAAUGAACUAGAAACAGCCUCCUUUGACUCGUUCGAUGAUAGGACAAUUUCUUCGAGAAUACAUUCAAUUGUAUCUACUAAGCAAUAAAUUUACUUUUAUAUGUU